CUUUUUCUUAUUUUCGACUUGUGCUUUUCUGAAAUGAGCGGCGCGUCAUCACAGGAAUCACCGCCUUCAGAUCAGCCUCCCAUUCACGACGACGAUGGCCAUGGUGGUCGUGAUGGUGAUCGCGAUCAGCAAGCGGGUCAAGCAGGAUCAGGAGCGAGCAAUGCAGCUGCCUCAGUGCAGGACCACCAUUACGAGCCAGCGCCGCCCGCCUCGCCUCCACCGACCACGACGACUUCGACUCCUGCUACGACUACUACUGCUACCACUGCUGCGCCUCCGUUGGUCGGCAUGACGCUGCCUGCAGGGUGGUCCCAGCGCCAGACGCCAGAGGGCAAGAUUUACUUUGUCAAUCACGAUUCAAAGCAGUCGUCGUGGCUCGAUCCGAGAACAUCACGGCCGUUCCUGCAGCGACAGUCGCGCUAUGGUGAUUUGCCAAACGGCUGGGAGGAAGGCGUUACAGCAGAUGGCCUCGUGUACUUUAUCGAUCACAACACGCACACUUGCACGUACAACCACCCAGUCACGGGGAAACCAAAAGACCCCAACAUUCUCAGCGGCGCUGUUGUCAUUACGCAAGAUGGGCGCAGUCGCGCCAACACAGGGGCUGGGCGGAUGGUCAAGCCGUCACGCGCUGCAGCCGUGAAUGCUGCGAACGCCGCCGCUGCAGCUGCACAAGCAUCAACCCCUGCCCCGGUCGUGGCCGUGUCUGCCCCGGCACCUGCCCCUGUGCCUGCACCUGCACCUGCUCCCGUCGAUGCUGCACUUGCCGCUCCAGUCACCAAACUCCCCACGUCAACAUCGUCGGACAACCUGCAAGCGGUCGGACCACCCUCACCCAGCCGAGUGAUCAACCAUCGGCAAAACAACCUGAACUUGGGCGACGAGACGUGGAUUGACAUGACUGGAUCCUCCACACCGACGCGCGGUUCCAUCAACUCCAACCCUCUGCUGGCGAGUGGCGGAUCGAGCGACUCGUUGAGUGUUCCUGGAUCCAUUUCGCGCAAGAGCUCAACGUCCAGCAUGGCUUCAUCAUCAAGCAUGCGAGGAAAGCCACGCAAGCCGGCAAUUAUCGUGGCCGCCGGUCAGCUGGACAAUCCCGACUUUUCCGGAUGGCUGGCCAAGCAAGGCGGGUCUGGUCUGACCCUCAAGAACUGGCGGCGUCGCUGGUUUAUUUUGAAAGAUUUCUGCCUGUACUACUACAAGUCUCCUGAGGACCAAGAGUGCCUUGGCAAGAUUGUGCUGCCAAGCUAUAUUAUUUCACCCGUCAACUCGGAAGACAAGGUUUCGCGAAAGCAUGCGUUUAAGGCGCACCAUCCAGGCAUGCGCACGUACUGGUUUGCUGGUGACACGGUCGAGCACAUGAAGCAGUGGAUGACGGCCAUGUCGUUUGCUGCAAUCCUGCAAUCACCGGAUGAGCUUGCUGAAGAGUCCAUGAAAUCGGACGUCUCUAUCUUUGGUCGCAACUUUUUCAAAAACCAACUCUCGUCUCAAAGCUUGGCCAGCCCCAGCCUGGCGUUCGACACGGACGACGAUGAGGAUGCUGCAGUUCCGCGGCCAGGCCGCGCCUCGUCAACGCGGCUUUCGGCGGUUCAAGAGGGUGAUGAUGAUGCCAACGAGCAGGCCAAACUACAGCUCAUCCGUCAGGAACUCCAACGGGGCCAAGAGCUCUUGGCAGAACAAGAGUCCAAGGAGUGGCAACUGGAGGAGACGACCAUCAACGGCACCGAGGGUGAGGCCAAUGAACAACAGACGUUCGUGGCUCAAGUCUCGAUGAGUCUUCCACAAGCUGCCAUCACCGAGACGCUUACUUACAACGCUCCACCCCGGUUUGGCUCGGACGUGGCUGACGGGUUCUCUAAAGACGAGCUGCUUGCUUUGGUGACCGCGCAGCAGGAAGAAAUCCGCCUCAUCAAUGAGGAUCGCGAAAUGCUGGUGAGCUUGAACGAGCGCAUCAAAGGCCAGGUCGCUGCUCUCAAGAGCGAAAUGUUUGAGGCUUUCAGUCUGCUCCAGAAAGAGCUUUAUGAGGAGCAGCAGCGCACCCAGGACUUGCACCUCGAAAACCAGCGCCUCACGCAGGAGACGGAAAAGCAACUGCCCACGCUUGCCAUUGUCGAUAGCAUGAUUCGACUCGGCAAAGCGGUUCGCGAAGAGAACAAGGCGUUGAUUCAGAUGCUUGACGAGUGCGAAGUGGUCGACGACGAGUCUCGCGAGGCGUUGGCAAAUGGGCCGUCGUCGCUUCUGCUGCAGCUGGCCGUGCGUUUGGAAGAAGAACAAACAAUCACAACGCAAAUGGAAGAUGUCAAGGUGUUCCUGGCAACCCAAGAAGAGAAGCUGGAGUCCAAACUCGAGUCCAUUGAUGCCAUUCAAGGACAAGUCGCCGCGUCCAGUCAGGAGGUCAAGAAGCUGCGGCAACGCAAGAAGCUGCUUGAGACUCGCUUGAACGAAGCCGCUGCCGACAAGCAGGCGCAGGAAAAGAUGAAGCAAGAGCUUGCACUCGUGCAGGAUCGUCUGGCGCGUGAGCAGCAAAACAUUACUGACGCCAGCGCUCGCAACAAGGAGUUGGAGCACGAGGUUUCCCAACUGCGCUCGCGUUUGCGCGAGGUGGAACAACUGGAAAGCACCCUGAAAGCGGAUGCAGCCUCCACCAUUAUUUCGCCGCUCGUCAUUGACGAAUUGGUUUUGCAGCCAGCCGAGUUGGCCGGAACAGACAGCCCCAAGCAGCCAACAGCAAUGGCUGCGACAUCCGCUCCCUCCUCUUCUGCCACUUUGGCGAGCACCCCGGCGAAAGCAUCCUCGCCUGCUGCUGCUUCUGCCGCAGCCCCUGUCGCUCCCACACCCGUCUCGGCGGCUGCGUCUGGGUCGGCCUGGGCUGCACCGGCGGCGCCACACUCCAGCGGUGGUGGUCGCUCGCCGCAUCAGCAGGGCGCCAGCCCGUCGGUCAGUCGCCGUGUGUCCAUUAUUCGACGCGCAUCGUCCGUCACCGUGCGUCCGGGCGCCAACACGCACCACGACUCGUCCAUCCCAGCGGCGAUGGCGGCUGCCGCCUCUGCGGUUCAGAAUAACAACACCACUCCCGCGCCCAUGGCGCGCAAGCCGUCCUUGGCGACCAUCUCGCGAGAAGGCAGCUUCACCGACCCCGAAAACGCGCUUGAUGGUGUGAACGAGCGCAAGCGCAUUCUUGAGAGCGAGGUUCAGUCUGUGCGAGAGCGCCUCGACGUGCUCGUUCAACGCAAGGGCGCACUGAAGGCGCAGACCGAGAACCAGCGCCGCGAGUUGGUUGGCCAGGAGCCGUUGACGGACGCUGAAGUUGCGCUCAUCCAGUCGGAGAUUGCCACUCGGGAUUCCGUUCCGACGCUGGCUCUGACAAAACGAACGCGCGUCGAUCUGGAGGUUGAGCUGCACUCGUUGCGCAAGCGCUCGGAAGCCCUCGAGCGCGACAUUGCCGAGUUCAACUUGCUCCUGCACAAGUUUAAGAUGCAGGCCACUGGUGGCACCAUGGCUCAGGCGGCGGGUGCAAGCACCAUGUCUGCACUCAUCACUCCGCAAUGGGUGCAAGAGGUGUCUGCAGCCGAAGUGGACCGCGCCAAGCAGAGCAGGCUCACCACCGAGGACCCCGAAAAGAUGUCCUUCCGAGAGCGAUUGGCGCUCUUUUUGUAGUGGUUUUGUUGUUGUUGUUGUAGUGGUGCUGUUGUGUUGUUGGUGUUUGUGUUGGUGCAUUUAGAAAUCAAAUAUACCAGAUCUACCGUGGUAA